CAUCACCACUGCCAAUUUGGCCACUUCAAGAUUUAUUUUAUAUUAUUUUUGGAUUUUAGCAAAAUAUGGCCUUCAACAAGUUUUCAAACUCUAAUAUAUCAUAAAGCUUGUCUUUGUGGUUGAAGUAAUUAUCUUCCUUUUUUGGCUUUCUUUUCUUUCCUUUAUCUCAUAUCCCAGUAGACAAUAUCUAAUUCCCAUUCGUCAUCUUCUCCACUGAACGAAAGAAAGAAAGAAAAAGAAAAUGGUAGUAACAAGCUCCAAACACAUUGAACAUGAUGGUGAAUCCAUUUAUGACAGACAAAGUGAACUAAAGGCUUUAUAUGACUCAAAAACCGGUGUAAAAGGAUUAGUAGAUGCUGGUUUGGUGAAAAUCCCAAGAAUUUUCAUCCAUGACCAGCAAAAUCUCAGCAAACCCAAUAAUGGUGAUGAUCAGCAAAAGUUCAGCAUCCCGGUUAUAGACUUGCAAGGCAUAGAUGAAGAUCCAUUUUCACGUAAAAGGGUAAUAGACCAAGUUGGAUAUGCAUGUGAAAAUUGGGGAUUUUUUCAGGUGGUCAACCAUGGAAUUUCUCUGGAACUUUUGGAUAAGAUGGUUGACGGAAUUCGUAGAUUCCAUGAACAAGAUCCUGAGCUUAAGAAAGAGUUUUACUCUCGGGAUUAUACGAAUAGAAGGGCUAAGUUUAACACCAAUUUUGAUUUGUAUCAAGCUCCAGCAACAAAUUGGAGGGACACUUUGAGUUGUGUUUUGGCUCCUCGAGCUCCAAAUCCUGAUGAUUUGCCUGAAGUCUGUAGGGAAAUUAUACUGGAUUACUCGGACAAAGUAAUGGCAUUAGGGUCUGCUCUAUUCCAACUUUUAUCAGAGGCACUUGGGCUCCCACCCAGCUACCUGAACGACAUUGGAUGUUCAGAGGGUCUUUUUUUUCUGGGUCAUUAUUACCCACCAUGCCCUGAACCAGAUCUCACACUGGGUACAAGUAACCAUUCAGAUAGUAGCUUCCUCACUGUGCUUCUUCAAGACCAAAUCGGUGGACUCCAAGUCCUCCAUGAAAAUCAAUGGGUCAAUGUCACUCCCAUUCAUGGAGCUUUGGUCAUAAAUCUUGGAGAUCUAUUACAGCUAGUCACAAACGACAGGUUUCUAAGUGUAAAUCAUAGGGUGCUGGCACAGAAUGCUUGUUCAAGAGUUUCUGUAGCAAGUUUUUUCAGAACACAUGUUCCACCAGAAAAUAGUUCAAGAUUGUAUGGACCUAUUAAGGAGUUGACAGCAAAAGAAAAUCCACCAAUUUACAGGGAAACCACUGUGAAAGAUUUUGUCCAACACUACUACACCAAAGGACUCAAUGGGGUCUCUGCACUUGAAUAUUUCAAGCUAUGAACUAUCUACUUAUCCCCAUAUGGUCUAAAUGGAAAUUAUAUAUUAGCUUAUAUGUGUUUAUCGAUCGAGAUUAAUGCCAAUAAUCAACCUACAAAGUCAAGCAAAAUGAAAGGAGUAAAUGUCCACUACCAUCAUGGAAAUAUCUUUAUAAGCUUUCAAAAAUAAGAGAGUCAACUAGGAUAAUCUUUAUAAGGUUAUUCCUGUACCUGUUCUUAUUUAUCCUUUGUUAAGAUUUAUAAAUAAAGUAUGUGAAUUUUCAUUGAAUGUACUGAGAACCUUAAAUCAACAAUGAAAUAAUUUGUAUUUCUCA